CGCGGUACAGCAACGCUCAUCAAGAAAGUGUUGCUCUGAGAACUCAUUCCAUCAAGCGAUCACUCAGAUCGACCUUUCUCACUCCUUGCCAGACGCGCAGCGGUGAUCCUUCGCUGGAUCAGCCACAAUCGCAAGAUGUCCAACAAUCGAGAAGCAGCGCCCCUCACGAGGCGCCAAUCUCAGUCGGCCUCCAACGCAAACGAUCCGCGCUUGUCGGCCUACCCAGUCUACCCAUUGCGCUUGGCGACAGCCUCUGCCGAAGCUCACGCGUCCGUCAAGUUGAACUUUAGACCUUCUUCGGCACCUCAUCCGAAUUCCUCCACUGGUGCACUCUACGCACAAAGCGCUGCAAAUUCUUCCUCUUGGACUCUUGAAAUCGUUGCUCCAUCCAACGAUGCAACGUCCAAUGCUCAAUCCAAAGCUUCGCGCUUCACCGGCGAACGCACGCCAGGCAAAGAAGUGGAGUUUGUCGCUGUUUGGGAUCCUGAAAGCAGAACCUACGUGCUCUCGCCGCUUGCGUGCACGUACAGUCUCAAGCACGACCGCUCUGCUACAACCUUGUCCGAACGUGCGCAGCAGCUCUUAUCCUUGUCGCCAGAACCACCUUCGGGUACGCGCAGACGUGGUCGCGAAUCGCAGCCAAGUGUUGCUGGAGAGAGACCAGCCAAAAGCGCCAAGUUGGAAGAAGCGCGCAAUGCCAAAUCCGAUGCCCAUGCCAGAGCGAGCCACGAGCAGCCUCGAAGAGUGACACGACGCAUGUCCUCCAACGAGCACUCUUCCAGGCAUCAAGACGCGUCGCCAGAGCAGAAUCGCGACGCGACGUCAAUAGCUUCCGAGCAUCGAGUUGGCGAAGCGGAGCCCGGCGCACGUAUAGGAGGGGGACAACAAGAAGCCGUGGAGGAUGGUGAAGAAGAAGAAGAAGAAGAAGAAGGAGAAGAAGAAGAAGAAGAAGAUGAUGAUGAUGAGGACUUCUUGGCCCAGCAGCUUGCAGAAGCUCUCGAUCGAGCAUCUGCAUCAUCCUCACAGCGUCAUUCCGACUCUGGCAAACAGUCCUCUUCUGGAUCUCCAUCCGGGACCACGAGCGCAGUGAGGCCUCUUCCCGCCAUCGCUGCGCUGCGCAAUGAAAGUGUGCAAACGCCAGGCACCACUCCACGAAGCUUGCAUGUCGAUCCAAGCGGCGUAUCGGCACCAGAAGUUGCUACUUCGUUUUCCGCUGCCAGCAAUCUACUUGGCAGUCCUGCAGCAGCAAAUCUUGCUCCAUUGGCGGGACCAAGCGCUUCUGUGCAUGCGGGUCAUGCUUCUGGCUUGGGUCUGGGUUUGGGUCUAGUCACCAGAACUUCUAGCCCCACUUCUCCUGCUCGAACGCCCGGCUUGGCACACAGCCCUCUUCCUCCUACGAGCGGUGCUGCAGCUUGGGUUCCACCUGCAAGCAGUCACAUUCACAUGACGUCAUACGACGAUAUGGACGAUUCGGCGGAAGACGAUGAAGACGACGAAGAUGAGGAUGAGGAUGAUGAAGAGGAGGAAGGUGCCGAUGAGGACGAGGACGAGGACGAUGAUGAUGCGGACCUAGAUGCAUUUGCUAGGCGGCUUGAAGAACAGCAACAACAAGAAGCAGCACAUCCCGCAAACGCUAGCCACGCACCAUCAUCGCCCGCCAUCGCGCAAAACAAAUCCACCACAUCUCAGCAGAUGACCAGUCGCGCACAAUCCGCACGUCAAUCCGUCUCUGCCAGAGCAAACGUUUCCUAUGGUCUGGGCGGCCGUAGGCGCGAAGAAGACGAUCUCGAAGACUCUGACUGAUUUCCCCUCUCCUAUCGCUCUGUUCCUCGCUCCUCCCCCUUACACACCUCUCUGCCACUCACAAACGCAUCAGACCUAGAUCCAAGCUACAUCUUCAAUAGCAAUGCGCGCGCACUCCAUUCACGUCUCUCAGCCGAGCCGGCAGGAGAUCUGGUGCCAUUUGGAAAAGAGCA